CUCUCAUUUCUCUCAUUCCCAUUCUCAUUUCCCAUUUCCAUUCACACGGGUACCAUGGCAAACACCUAUAGGUUUGGUCCGCAUAUCAUCCCAGCUAGCCAAAUCUUCUUCAGGUCGAAGUACAGUCUAGGACUUGUCAACCUGAAGCCAAUUCUUCCUGGCCAUGUUUUGGUGAUCAGCCGUCGCAGUGUGCCUCGAUUCUUGGAUUUGAAUGCUGAUGAGGUUAGUGACAUGUUCCAGUCUGCCCAGCGUAUUGGUAAGGUCAUUGAGAAGGAGUAUAAUAGUACCUCUUUGACGAUCGCAUGCCAAGACGGGCCACAUGCCGGACAAUCUGUUCCUCAUGUCCACGUUCAUAUUAUCCCUCGACGGCUAGGGGAUUUUGGCAAUAACGAUGAUAUAUACGAUGAGAUUGCUCGUAAUACUAAGGAGUAUUUAACAAAAGACUCGGAUUCAGUCGAUAUAGUAGGCAUUGGAGCAGCAUUGGCAGCACCUCCAGAGAAGAAAGGAGUGGAUUUUGAUGAACGGAAACCUCGAUCUGAACAAGAUAUGGCCCAAGAAGCCACGCGAUUGGCCGAAUUAUUGGAUCAACACCAGCUGUCAUAAAUUAUAUAAUAGAGUUGCU